AUGGACACCAUUAUGAGCAGUCUGACUCCGAAGGUGGCAGACAUCUUGAUGGCAGAUAUGUGGACAGCCGACAACAUCGCCAUGUUUUCAAUCGGCUCGUUCCUAGCCCUAGAGGUAUCGCUGUCAGCGUUCACCCAGUUCAAGAGCUAUCGCGGCUUCUACUUCUGGAGCAUGCAGAUCGCGGCCUCAGGAAUAGUCUUAUAUGGUGUCACUGCGCAAAUGACAUAUACUCGACGGGCAUCGAACAUCGCAAUGGCAGUACCAUUCGUGCUUGGAUGGUGGUGUAUGGUCCAAGGCCAGGCACUAGUCCUCUACUCCCGUCUCCACCUCGUCGUCUCAGACAAAUGCCACCUCCACUGGGUCCUCUGGAUGAUCAUCGCCAACUUCAUCAUCCUAAGCAUCCCCAUGAGCGGACUAUUCCUCUGUCGAAACCUCAGCCAAGCCCCGCAAUGCAUCAAACCAGCCAAAAUCUACGACAGAAUUCAAAUCAGCGGCUUUGCAAUCCAAGACGUCGUGAUAAGCGCCAUCUACAUCUACGAAGCACUCCGAGCCCUGAAACCCAUCUUCGAAAUCAAAGGCCGCGAGGGAAAACGAGUUAUCGUCCAACUCGUCAUCAUCAAUGUCUUCGUUGUUAUCCUCAACGCUUCGCUCUUUAUUGUCGAGUGGAAGGCUCAUUAUCUCACUGUUAGCUACAAGACUGUUGUCUAUGCUAUCAAGCUCAAGCUUGAGUUCUAUAUUCUGUCCAGGCUGCGUGAGCUGACGCGCGUGUAUCCUUGUGUGUGCCAUACGGACGGUGAGAGUCCGCGUGUCUCGAGCGAUGUGAAUAUCUUCGAUUUAUCUGCGAGGAGGGGUGGUCGUCCACAAGGACUAGAUAUGGAGGCGCAAACUUCGCCGCGCUUUGGAGGUGCUGUUAGUCCUAGUGCUGGUUUGCCUCAUUCGACGAGGAGCAGUACUUAUGACUUUCAUGAGGCGCUGAGGGAGACUAGGUUUGCUUCUACUUCGGAGAAUUCUGUUGGGCAGUCGCAUUUGGAUGGGAGGUUGCAGGUUCAUUCGUCUGACACGAGGUCGACUGUUGAGAUGGCUUUGGUACCUUCUAAUUGA